CACACUCAGAUACGUUUUCACUUCGGGCGGAUGGAUACUGGAGGUGUUUUGAAUGUGAAAAGGUCUAUCUGUCCUUGAAAUUAGGUCGUCUGCAUUUAAACCGAGUCAUCAUGUGCGCACGUCCUUGUUUGAAAAAAAGGUCAUCCCCGUGACGAUGUUACGUUAGGUCCUUGGACAAACCAGUACAUCAAGUUCGACUCUGGAGGAGUCUUCUAGAAAUCUGAGUGACGUGUUCAGGCCAAGUUCGCGAUGUCUUUGAAGUCAUGCGUGGCUUGCCACGAGUGGGCUAAUUUCUAAACUCUGUCAAGCGGUCUGUCUGCGUUUAAGCCCGACCUUCACUCAUUUUUGUUAUCGUCGACAACUUUUUUUUCGGUGGAGAGUGUGUCAGACCCCAGCCACACAAGUUGACAGGUUAACGGGUCAAGACUGAACCGCCGCCACGUCCAAAGGGGGAGAAGAUGACUUCUCAAUCGCUGUGCCUCGUGGUCGACAGAUGCGGGAAUAUAAAAGGAACUGGGCGGCCGAUCGCUUAACUUGUCAUCGUCUUAAACUUGGACUUAGACAUUAGAUUGUUACCGUGCUCGUAAAGAGGUUCUCGUGCCUUUCGAACUGCUCGAAAUCAAGGUUUAGAAAAUUAAGGCGGCUUUAAUCAUCAAAACGCCUUGUGAAACGAUGGAGUUCGUUCACGCCAUAGGACGCCCAGUAUUACCGGACUUCACUGCUGGGAUCCAUGCCGGGAAAGGAUCCAUUUUACCGGCGCCGCUGCAGCCAACGCACGGUGCGACGCCUUUCUUGAUCGAGGACAUUCUCAAUCGCCGCACUCCAAACUUCCCACCAGUUCUACCGACCCGAGCCCCGCCGUGCAAACCCGCACAAUCCCCCACGAGCUCGGCUCCGCAGACCGGUGCGACCACCUCACCGAAACCGGCAGAUUGUGACGAUUCUGUGAGUGAAAACAAGCAGAAAAUGCCGUCAUCGGAGAGUUGUUUUUCGUUCACCGCUAUUCCCACUGUUCCGAAAUGUUUGGGGUUCGCCACGUGCACGGCCGCCGUGUGUGUCUGCAGGGAGCGCGGGAGCCUAGCCGACGGCGACCCGGACCGAUGGCCGUUCCUUAUUCGUACCUCCGCCGGCUACUGUAUCCCCUCGCUUUUUCCAUCCGAGACGACCAGCGGCACCCUCCGAAGUAGGAGACGCAAGGCACGCACCGUGUUCGUCGACUCCCAGCUACGGGGGCUGGAGGCGCGAUUCCAGGCGCAGAAAUACCUGUCCACCCCGGAGAGGAUCGAGCUGGCCGUGGGCCUCGGACUGUCUGAAACACAGGUAAAAACAUGGUUUCAGAACCGCCGCAUGAAGCAAAAGAAAGACACCGCAGGACCCCGGGAGCCCCACCACACCAAGCCAGCCGGCACACGGGACGGACGGACGGUUGGGACGGGGACGAGGGACCAGGCGACAGCUGGUGAGACCGUGGGGGAGUAAGCAGCUCUGCGCCCAUGAGCUGCCAUACUGAUGAUGGACCCUUCUUUCAGCCGGGACGGACAAUUUGGAACCCUCAAUUCGUGCUUUUGGGCUGAAUAGCAGUGUCAUGCCAAUAUGAAAAUGUUAUUGACUAUUUUCGUAACUUAUAAACGAUGUUUAGACGGAGAAGUCCCAAUAAACAUUUUGAUGCCGACUCAUCUUUUCUACAGGCUUUGCUACAAAGGAAAUAAAGAGAAAUAUGUUAAACAUUGGACAAAACAAGCAUAAGUUCAUUAAGUGUGUUCUGAAUGUAUACAUUCAAAAGUUGACAAUAAUUAUGAUUGUCUAUAAUUUUAGUCUCUAAAAAUAUAACGAUGUGUGCGUCUGCGCCUAUAAACAGUUGGCGAAAUGACGGAAACGGUACUAAGUAGAUGAAAGGUUCAGAGUGUUUCACUGUCUGUAAAUAAGUGUAAAUAAUACCUAAAACUUAAUGCUAGAAAUAGAAGUUAAGUCUCGUUAUAGCUUUUACAUAUUUGAAAUAAAUUUUGCCACGUUUGAGCAAUGUGGAAGCAAUAA